AUGAAUGAUGAAGGGGAAAAUGAAAGUUAUGAAGGCUACCUUAUUCUACUGGGUUUUUCACAUUGGCCUCAUCUGGAAGUAGUUCUCUUUGUGCUUAUCUUGAUGUUCUACUUGAUGACAUUGAUAGGCAACCUGUUUAUCAUUGUCUUGUCGUACCUGGAUGCCCAUCUCCACACUCCCAUGUACUUCUUCCUCUCAAACCUCUCUUUUCUGGAUCUCUGCUACACCACCAGCUCCAUCCCUCAGUUGCUGGUCAAUCUCUGGGGCCCAGAAAAGACCAUCUCUUAUGCCGGUUGCAUGACUCAACUUUACUUUGCCCUUGCACUGGGAACCACAGAGUGUGUCCUCCUGGUGGUCAUGUCCUAUGACCGUUAUGCAGCUGUCUGUAGACCCCUGCAUUACACUGUGAUCAUGAACCCUCGUUUCUGCCACCUGUUGGCUGUGGCUUCCUGGGUCAGCGGCUUUACCAACUCAGCACUUCAUUCCUCCUUUACCUUCUGGGUUCCCCUCUGUGGACAUCGCCAAGUGGACCAUUUCUUCUGUGAAGUUCCAACACUGCUGCGAUUAUCGUGUGUUGAUACCCAUGCUAAUGAGCUGACCCUUCUGGUCACAAGCUCCAUUUUUGUUCUGAUACCACUCAUCCUGAUCCUCAGCUCAUAUGGUGCCAUUGCUUGGGCUGUGCUGAGGAUGCAGUCAUCAACCGGACUUCAGAGAGUCUUUGGAACGUGUGGAUCCCAUCUUAUGGUUGUGUCCCUCUUUUUCAUUCCAAUCAUGUGCAUAUAUCUGCAGCCACCAUCAGGAAGUUCUCAGGAUCAUGGCAAGUUCAUUGCCCUCUUUUAUACUGUUGUCACACCUAGCCUCAACCCUCUAAUCUACACUCUCAGAAACAAAGAUGUAAGAGGGGCAGUAAGGAGACUAGUGGGAUGGUAGAGACCACUGCAUUCAUGACCCUCAUAGGACAGCAAGGUACCUCCUCAACAAGGACUAGUCUGUAUCCAUCUAUCAUCUACUCUCCCGUUUACUCACUCUGUCAGCACCAGUGGAGUGUGUGUCUCUCAGGACCACAGAGCUCUGACUCACAGAUAUGAAUUAAACAGUCUGGCUAAAUACCAAUCACUCUCUCAUGGAAAAAACAGCCAAGUAAAUCCAAGAUCAAACAUAUUUUUCAGUGGCACAAUAAAUAAAACAAAGGUAUCUCAUUCUUAACUGAAAAUUAAGAAAUGAAAUUCCUAUAUAAAAGUGAUAUACUUUUUUUUUCUAACCUGGACUAUUGUCUUAAUUUCUUGCUUCAAAGGCAGCAUUUGCCAUAAAAUUUGUUUCUAUUUUUGGUUUAACUAAAGGCAUACUGAAAUACCUUAAAUAUUUUCUACAAUACUGUUAUUCUUUUUUGAAUUAAUAUAGAGAAGAAUAUUGGUCUGUAUUCUUUAAUACCCUAUAGCAACAGUAAGAAAAUAAGUUUUAUGAAUUAUAGCAAGAAAGUCUCUGAAGUAAUGAAGUCAACAUAAGCAUAUUGUGUUUCUUUCUCGAGGCAGUGGGAAGUGUAUAGGAGGUGGAAAUCACUUAAAGAGCUGUGGGAUAUAGCCUGUAAGGUAAGGGUCAUUAUAGGCCAGGGAUCAUUAGGAGAGGUGCUUGGGGCACAUGGUUAGCCUGAGGAGCAAUAAGAAAUAUCUGAGGCAGACAGACUUCUAGGCUCUGGAAAUGACUGCAUGAAACCAAUGGGUAUUUGAAAGAAUUAUCUGAAAAUAUAGUAGAAAAAUUUUGUGAGAAAAGAUUAUGGAACACUGAGUAACAUAUCUAUAAACAUAUAGAUAAUAUAACAACCCUAAAUAUUGCAAAACUAUGAAGUAAUUGGAGCUAUCACACAUUGUUUAUGGAAUAUAAAAUCAUUCAAUCAUUUUGAAAAAAAAAGCUUAUGGAAAAUGUUUGUUUUCUUUUUAAGCUUGAUCUAAUUUGAAUGUUUGAGAUUAGAAAGUACGUAAUGAAAAUCAACUUAUAUAUUUUCCAUACAAAGAAAUGUAUUUUUUAUAAAUGUAGUAGUUUUGUUACCUAUAUUAUUGCCAACCAUCUUCUUAUGAAAUAAGUGUGCUGUGUACAUAACACUAAACUGGCAGCUGUAUUAUUCAGCUAGAGCAGAUGAAGGGCAAUUCACUGUAAAGUAAAAUAUUGAAAUCUGAGUUUUAUAUGGUAAACCAAAUCUUAUUUGUAGUUUUUGAGUCCCUUAGUUUAGAUGUGAUGACUCAAACCCUAUUUCCUAAAUUAUUAAGAUGAAAAAUACGUCCCCAAACUUUCCCUCCAUUUCCUGUGUGGCUGAAACUACACUGAUUAUGUUGACUUUCUCUUCUUUGUAUAUCUGUGAUACUUCUUUUAUGGCGAACUAGCUAUAAAGAACAAUAUGGUGUAUAUUCAGUUGUCCUUACCUAUUGUCCAAGAAAUGAAGAACCAAGAAUCAUGCAUACAAAUGAACUUUUAGUGAGUAACUGGGACCAUAUAGAGUGAACAAGAAACAUAGCUUGUUUCUUCAAAUCAUCUUGCAUUAUGGAAAUCUUACUAUUUAGGAUGCCUCAUGUAGUACUGUAUUCUCUCACUGUCUAACUUAAAAACAUUUUUUUAAUGUUUAUUUUUGAGGGAGAGAGAGCGAGAGAGAGGGAGUGAGAGAGAGAGAAUGAGCAGGGGAAGGGCAGAGAGAGAGGGAGACACAGAAUCCGAAGCAGUUUCCAGGUUUUAUGCUGUUAUCUCAGAGCGCAACAUAGGGCUGGAACUCGUGAACAGCAAGUUCAUGACCUGAGCCGAAGUUAGACACUUAACUGAGUGGGCCACCCCUCUCACUAUCUAACUUAAAAAAAAGUUUAAAUUUCCCAUUCUCCUUUUUUCUUGUUCUGCUAUAGAACAUAUAUUCUUCUACAUGUGUUGGCUUGUUUUCAGAAUGCUAUAUGUGAUGUUGAUUCCUAGCCACAUUAAUGUGAUACUGUAUUUAAUUUAUAAUCUAAAACAAAGAUCAGUUACCAAAAUUAUGCCAACAAUUAACACAGACAUUUUGUUUUGUACCUUUCAAACCACUUACGUGAGCCUAAUGCAGUUGGAUCACAGGCAGGGUAAGGGUGGUAGGUAUAAGCUUUUUCUCUCUGUACAUGAAGAAACUACAGGGAAGAAAAUAUAUGACUUGACUAAGCUUAACUUGCAUCUGACAAGCGAAGAAUAAUGACAAUAGGUUUUUAGCCCUGGAGGUGCCUUUUAGGGUCACCACCAUCCAAGAUAGACUAGAAGCCCUAGGAUCAUCCUAUUGCCAACUCUAAACUUCAAACUAACUUUUGGAAAAUUGACAUUUACCCAGCACACAUGGAUUUGGGCCACAGGUAACCUUCCUGAAGAACCAGCGAUGGAUCUGGCCUUCUACCGGCUGCCAUUGGUGGCCAAAUCCACUGACGUGCCAGCUGCUGUUUGGCCCCAGGAAAUCUCUCCCCCUCAGCCAGACAGGUGUCUCCCAGUCUUUUCCUGCUUCAUCUUAUACUUGCUCCUGUGCAGAAUACACCCUGUACACAUGCCUAAUUAUGUCUCUGUUGUGCCUCAGCAGUACAGGAUUACUAGCACAGGCACACCAUCCAGGUCAUCACAGAAACUAGCUCUGGCUUAUAGCAGGUGCAUUCAUUCUCGGUUCUUCUGUUGGCUUCGGGGUCAUGUCUGCUGUAUGUUUGACAAAUAUGUUAUGUCAUGACAACAUCAAGUGAUUUCAAAAAUAAUACAAAUUUCAAAUUCACAUUCAUCCUGUUCUUAUUAUAAUUUUACAAGCACAACAACAAGAACAACUUACAUAAAAGAUAAAUAGCAUGUACACUUACCGUAGACCUUCACUGGAUUCCACAAAUGUUAACACUUUACCCUGGGUGCGUUAUAAUUUUCUGUCUAUAGUAAUGUAAUGUUAAUAUGCACUUUAAAUAUUUCUCUGCAACAUAUGGAGAAUAAUACACAUACUUACCCCUAACUGCUCAUGGGAGUAUUUCCUGAAGAAAAGAUCUAACCCAAGAUUACAAGUUGGAUUUAGGUACUACAUCUCUUAUUGUGCUAUAAUCUGGAAACAUUUUUUAGUCUUUCUUUGUCUUUAAUGGGCCUAACAUUUUUGAAGAAUAUAGACCAUUUAGUAUAAUUGUCUUUCAGUUUAAGUUUUAUUUAUGCAUGAUUACAUUCAAUUUAUUCAUUUAUUGGCAUGAAUACCAUAGAAGUGAUAUUGUGAUAUUAGUGAUAUUGGUGCCUGCCAGGAUUAUUUUAAAGUUUUUAUUUAAAUUCCAGUAGGUUAAUAUACAGUGUAAUAUUAGUUUCAGGUGUACAAUACAAUGAGUCAAAACUUCCAUACAACACCCAAUGGUCAUCACAACAAGUGCCCUCCUUAUCCCCAUCACUUAUUUAACCCAUCCCCCUGCCCAUCUCCCCUCUGGUAACCAUCUGUUUGUUCUCUAUUGUUAGGAGGCUGUGUUUUAUUUUUUUUUUUGGUUUUUUUGGGGGGGUUGUUUCCCUCUUUCU